CAACAUGGAUUACGAUUUCUCAAAUAAAGUAGUGCUAGUAACUGGCGCGAGUGCUGGUAUAGGCGAGGCUAUAGCUCUCCUGUUUGCUAAACUUGGCGCGAAGCUGUCGCUGGUGGGAAGGAAUGAGGCUAACUUGCGAGCAGUCGCGGCCGAGUGCGAGAAGCAGAAGGGCGUGAAGCCGCUGGCGAUUGUCGCAGACCUGGGGACUGAUGAGGGGGUUGAGAAGACUGCUAAGGACACUCUCGACCAUUUCGGACGACUAGACAUUCUCGUGAACAAUGCAGCUGUUGGUGUCUUCACGUGGCUACUCCACGAGACAGACAUGAAGAUGUUCGACGACGUAUUCAGGAUCAACGUGAGGGGAGUGUACUACCUCACCAAGCUCCUGGCCCCCGCCCUCGUCGAGAGCAAGGGCAAUAUUGUCAACAUCUCCAGCAUUGUAGCGACCAUGGUCUCCGUCGGCAGUCUGCCCUACGGCAUGACAAAGGCUGCUCUGGACCACUUCACCCGUCUCAUAUCUCUUGAGCUGGCUCCUAAGGGCGUCAGAGUCAACACAGUCAGUCCUGGAGUCACUGUAUCAGAAUUCGUGAAACGCAUCACAGGUCAAUCGGAGGAAGAGUACAGAGCAUGGUUGACAUCGUUUAGCAGUAAGAUCCCCUUGGGGGAGCCGUGUGUGGGAUCUGACAUAGCUCGUAUGGUGGUCCACCUCGCCAGUGACCACAGCAGGCUGGUCACAGGCACCGUUAUCGAGGUAGACGGCGGCUACAGGUUCAACAGCUCAACAAACACCCCAGUGAUGGACAAAUAAUGUCACCAAGAUCAUCCCUAGAUCUCGUCUUUAUACAAAGUCUAAAGCUAUUAAGUCAGUUAAUUGUGAUAACUAAUUAUUUAUUUUCAUA